ACAGAAUCAUGUCUAUUUCUUUUGAGAAAUAAGUGUUUCUUAUUAAUACCUCUUUGAAUACAUGCUUUGUGUUUGUUCUUAUGAAUUUCCAUAUGACAACUUACAGUAAUUUUAGCAAAAACUGGUUAAAUAAGUGCGUUUUCUUUCGUAUGUGUAUCAUUUUCGUUUUCAACACAUGUGUAUAUAUAAUUGUCGAUGCUAUAGGCAUACACAUAAAAUUGAAAUCUUCAAAUAAUAGCGUAAAGACAAUAUAUUCUGUUUAAAGAUAAAACGAGAUGCAAACCAAGUCUAGCUUGCUUUAUAGCUUUGUUGAAGGACAUUGACAUAUUCAUUGUGUAUCACUUUACGUAUACAAUUAAAACCGCGUCAAUUAUUGCCUAUAUCUAUACGCACACCCGUGUUAUUUCCAAAAUGUUGAAACAAAUACUUUUGCAG